AUGACCGAUGCUGUAAAAGUGCUAAAUGCAACAGAUGUGACGAACGUGGCGGAAAGUUUUCUGGACACUACCGACCUUUCAAAAAGACCUUGGUACAUGAAAGGUGGAAAGAGAAAACCACAACUGGCUAUGAUAUCUCGACAUACUGGAAGAAGAUUAGCUCGUCUUUGGCCCGAAGAAGAUCCCAAUGAUGAUAGGCUUUUAAAUCAGCUGAUGUUCGUACCUCCGGACUACCACAAAAUGAAUCUUGAAAUACACUUAAAGAAAGUUUUUGUUCCCAGAGAGAUGAGUGAGGCCAAAGUUGGUCAAGAUAUUUUUAUAGAAGAGGGUUGCCCCGUUAGUUCAUGCACAAUAAUUCGUGAUAAUCCCUCUAAGGCUGACUUACGUUUAUUCAAAGCCUCGGUGGAUCCAAGGAAUAAAAGACCUGUCAAUCAGGUAUGGGUGAUCUAUAUUUUGGAAUCUCCCUAUCAUUCGGCGAGUCUCGAAAAUGUGGUAGUGAAUUGGACUGCAACAUAUCGCCGAGAUAGUGACAUAGUAGCGCCAUACAACAGAUGGCUCAAUUUCGAUCCUAGAGUUACUCAGAUCCAACAGACUAUUAAUUAUGCUGCGAAUAAGACGAGAAAGGUCGCCUGGUUUGUUUCUAAUUGCGGUGCUAGCAAUCAGAGGAUGCAGUAUGCCACAGAAUUAUCCAAGUAUAUCCAAGUCGAUAUUUAUGGUUAUUGUGGCAACUUAAGUUGUCCACGAUCUGAAGCUUAUUGCUUCGACCUGCUUGAUGCAGAUUACAAAUUCUACCUCGCAUUUGAAAAUUCAAAUUGCCGGGACUACAUAACAGAAAAGUUCUUUGCUAAUGGGCUUGGGCACAACGUUCUUCCGAUAGUUAUGGGGGCACAUCCAACAGACUAUGUUAAAAUAGCACCAUAUCGAUCCUACAUUCAUGUGGAAGAGUUCCAGUCGCCCAAAGAGCUCGCCGAGUACCUUCAUCAACUGGACAAGGACGACGAGCUUUACAACUCCUACUUUAAGUGGAAAGGCACUGGGGAAUUUGUAAAUACCUACUUUUGGUGUCGGUUAUGCGCAAUGCUGCACGAUGAUAGUCCACCUAGGUAUUAUAAGGAUUUGAACAAAUGGUGGGAUGGUGAUGGUGUGUGUAUUCGCGAUUCAUGGCGUGAAUACGACGCUAAAGCAAGCGAUCUCAAAAACGGUUGAACCACCUUUAACAGUCAAUCAAAUUUACAAUUACAGAGAGAAAGAAAUUAACAAGGAUCGUGAAUUUAAGAAAGGAUCAAAGUUACAACAGCAGACUUUUACAAAGCGCCUUCUUGAGAAAGCACCUUUAUCGUCUAAAUUCUGUGAACGCCUUUAGCGUGACAUUAGAUGCUCGUAUGCGAGACUAUAUUCAAAAAUUCAGCCAAUGCAUCUCAGAGAUCAUUCCCGCCAAACUCCAAAGGGCGUGGCUUAACCAAGCGGGAACUAGGUGUAGAUCUCGGUCCCAAGCUUCAGGCGCUUUGUGAGAGUUUACUGAACCGUAAAAUGGAGCCAGGCGGCCCAUAGGAGAAAGUCCUACUCAUCUGCAAGUUUUUUAAUUAUAAUUAAUGAUCUUUUUUUAAAUAAUAAAUUUUAACGUUAGCGAUUGUUUUCUAUUUCCCGAAUUGUUAAUUACUCUUUUGUGAAGUAUUGCAUCUUCUACAAAAAAUUAAGAAAUUUAUUUUCAGGAAACGAUUCACAACCGUUCGAGUUUCAAUGUUACGAUAGAACAUUAAGGGCAUGUGGUAGUUAGAAAAUGAUUGAUUUUACCAGUUUUAGG